AUGGCAGACGGCGGUGAAGGAGUGGGCUGGCUGACAAGCGCGAGACGGCAUUUGCCGCCCAGUGGAAGUGGACGUGCCCGGAGGAGAUUAGUGUUGGGACUUACAUGGUGUGCUGUCGCACACCUGUGGCACGGCCACAGAUGCCAGCCUUUCGCCUUCGGUCCUGCAGCACCAGUCUCAAGUGGUCAGGAGGUAGACGAUGCAGGAGUGCUGCUGUUGGGACGAGAAGCCUGGUGUUUCAAUCGAUGGCGGGCGGAGACGGAUGAUGUGCGCGGCGGAGCCUCCAGCGCGCAGUUCAAGGGUUUAACGGAUGCCUCUGGAGAUGCUGAAUUCUGUGGCAUGUUGUCUUCCUCUGUCCGCGAUCCUUUUGCCAGCGUCUCCCUACAGGCAUCUGCGCUGCCAGAACCUCUUUCGGAAAUGAAAGGUUUAGUUCUUGACAUAUCUGAGGCGGAUGGCUCAGAAUAUUCGGUCGGACUACGAAUGCUGGGUGCGCCAGCCGGCAUUCAGCAUGCGUUUAAGUUCACAGCGGAAGCGGGCCGUCUCGAGAUGUACUUUCGAGACUUUCAGCCGAUGCUACAGGGGCGAGUGCAGCCCGACGACGAGACGCGCCUCGUUUUGGAGAGGGUGGAGUCGAUCACCAUCCAGAAACACGGAGCCAACGGUCCUUCACAUGAGCCGUUUUCGCUGGUGCUCCGCAGCGUCUGUGGAAUUCCGGGACGUGAUCUGCCACCGCCCCCGCCUCCUGCCCGCAAAACCAAAUGGACGUGCAGGGCAUGCGGGACGAUGAACUUCGAUUCGUCCGAUUCCUGCACGCAGAGG